AUGUACUAUUAAAAAAAGGCCAGUCUAUCAUACAGAUCGCUACGUUAAUAUAAAAAGGAAAUUAAGUCCUUCAAAGGCAGCGGUCAAUCCUAAAAAAAUUCAAGUCGGCACACCAAAUAUGAAUAAAACGGGAGUUUUAAAUGGCAACAGAUUUGCCUUACUAAGCAAGAGUUCAGACGAAGGUUACCACCACAGUCGUUAAUGCCAAACCCCCUCCAAUGUAUUUGCGAGAGCGUAGCAGUAAUGCUCUCGUUGCUGGAUUAAGUAAAAUUGUAGGUACUAACAAUUUCCAUAUAGUGCCUUUGAAAAAAGGCAAUAAAGAUGACACAAAAAUUCAGUCCUACACUGAAAAAAGUUUUAUGGACAUAGUUAAAUUUUUGUCAAUUAAAAACAAGAGUUAUUAUUCGUAUCAACUGAAGAGCUCUAAGGACCUAGUUGUUGUAAUCAAGGGUAUAGAGUCCGCCGUAGACUCUAGUGAAGUCAUAGAAGCACUGGAAGAAUGUUGUUUUGGAAAUAAAACAGUUGUAAAUAUAUUUAAUAGAAACAAAGUACCACAGCCAAUGUUUAAAAUUGAAUUGUUGCCGAAUUCGAAUCAACUUAAAAAAAUGAGACCCAUCCAAUAUAUAAUUUGAAAUAUUUGCUGCAUCGUAGAGUAACUGUGGAAGAACCACAUAAAAGAAACGGUCCGGUACAAUGUACUAACUGCCAAGAAAAUGGGCAUACUAAAUCGUACUGCACUCUACGCAGUGUUUGUGAGGUAUAUGUGCACCCUUAAGAAAGAAGAAUUAAAUAAAAAAAUGCAGCAAUUGCGGAGGAAAUCACACUGCUAACUACAGAGGUUGCCCUGUAUAUAAAGAUUUGUAAUCGAAGUUGUCACAGGGCAUUCAAGCACGUCGUACCCAAAUGUUACAAACACCCCGUAAUGUAAUUAUCGCAACCUCAGAAAAAAGUUCAAAUCCUAUUACUUCUAACAAUAAUAAUAUGCAAGGAAGCUAUGCAAAUGUGGUGAAAGGCAACACUGUGCAAAUGCAACUGCCGUAAAAUCCUCCAAAUGGAGGUAUUGAAACUAUGGUUAUAAAUCUUACACAGUGCAUGACACAAUUUAUGUCUAUUAUGCAAAACAUGAUCCAAGAUUUAAUAAAAUCACAAAAUCAAAUGCUGCAAAAUUUAUUAAGUAAAAAAUGAGCUUACUAAAUAUCUGUAUAUGGAAUGCUAACGGUCUUAACCAACAUAAAUUAGAGAUUAUCAGAUUUCUGUCUGAAAAGAAUAUAGAUGUAAUGCUUAUUUCAGAAACUCAUCUAACAAAUAAAAAUAAUUUCAAUAUACAGGGAUUUAGACUAUACAUAUGUUGCAAAUCAUCCAGAUGGUAAAGCGCAUGGUGGCACGGCAGUGUUGAUUAGAAAUCGUUUAAACCACUAUGCUCUAGAAUUUCAUGCUACACCACAGUUACAAGCUACAACAAUAUCACUAAAAAAAUCGGGGUUGUGACUUAAACCUUACGGCUAUAUACUGUCCACCUCGUUUUAAAAUUACAGAAAUCGAAUUUAAAGACUUUUUUUGGAACACUUGGUCAAAGAUUUCUAGCAGGUGGAGAUUACAACGCAAAAACACACGUACGUCUUAUUAAUCCGAAAGGACGACAGCUGUAUCAAACUGUUAUAAAUAGGCACAAUAACCUUGAAAUAAUAUCUCCUGGUAAGCCGACAUAUUGGCCUAGUGAUCGUAAGAAAAUACCAGGUUUAAUUGAUUUUGCUGUAAUCAAAAAUAUUGAUAAAUCACACAUAACAGUUGAUACAUGUACUGAUCUAUCUUCUGAUCACUCUCCUGUAGAUACUAAUAAAGUUAUGUGAACAACCCAUAUUCGUUAAUCCAAAAGUGGGUCUUCUUAUAAAACGAAUUGGCUAAAAUAUAAAAAAUACGUCAGCAGCCACAUUAAUAUUGAGUACAAAAUAAAUGCAGGAAGAGAUAUUGAUGAAAGUAUAAGAGAAGUCAAUGAUAUAAUAACCAGCGCAGCUGUUUUAGCAACACCAAACAAAAGCUAUAAGCCGCUUGGUUUCAGAAAAAUCUCUAAUAGAGAAAUAGAAAUGCUUGUAAAUGAAAAAAGGCGUGCAAGACGUGAAUGGCAGAUAAAUCGUUCCCCUUCCACUCAGCUUCAAUUAAAAUCUGCUGUACGUAAAUUAAAAAAAAGCGCUUAAACGUGAGGAAAAAUUCAAUACCGAAAUGUAUAUAAAGAAGCUCUGUCAAAACUCAAACAAGCAAAAUUCCCUUUGGAAAGCCCAAAAGUCCAUGAAGCCACCAACUGACUCCAACAUGCCUAUACGAGACUUGGGUGGAAAUUGGGCUCGAAGUGACGAGGAAAAGGCUAAUUGCUUUGCAAAUCACCUAGAAAAGGUAUUUCAACCCAAUUUGCCAAAGAACAACUUUAAGCUGUCAAUCUUACCCACAGCUAAAGAGUCGCUCGAGUCUCUUAUGACUACACCUUCUGAAAUCAUUGGUAUCAUGAAAGAACUUAAUCCAAAAAAGUCGCCGGGACAUGAUAAAAUUUUCCCAAAAAUGCUUAUUGAGUUACCAAUUAUUUCUGUAGAGGUGCUCUCUUUGCUCUUCAAUGCAAUUUUAAGUUUCGGAUACUAUCCAAUUUCAUGGAAAAAGUCGCAGAUUAUCUUGAUAGAUAAACCUGGGAAAGACUUAACACAGCCGUCUUCAUACAGAGCAAUCAGUCUUCUACCCUGUCUUUAAAAAGUAUUUGAAAAAGUAUUACUAUCAAAGAUGUCUCCUUUCCUCCACGUAAAUAACACAAUACCAAUGCAUCAAUUCGGAUUUCGUGCGAAACAUGGCACAAUAGAGCAAGUAAAUAGAAUUACUAACGAGAUAAGGAAAGCAUUUGAGCACUGGGAGUACUGUUCAGCAAUAUUUCUAGAUGUAGCCCAGGCGUUCGAUAAGGUGUGGCACGAAGGUCUUUUAUAUAAGAUUAAAAAAAUUCUACCUUUAGAAUUAUAUAAAACCUUGGAGUCUUACUUAAAAAAUAGAAAAUUUAUGGUAAAAGUGGGAGAUUUCAUAUCUGAUGAACGACAGAUAAGGGCUGGUGUACCCCAGGGCAGUGUUUUAGGCCCAACACUAUACAUCAUAUAUACAGCAGAUCUUCCAACAGCUAAUAAUGUAUUAACUUCAACUUUUGCGGAUGACACAGCUAUAGUGAGCCGUAACAAAUGCCACAUUUUAGCAUCACGAAUAUUAGCGAAGCAUUUAAGUUCUGUCGAAGAGUGGCUAGCGAACUGGCGUAUAAAUGUGAAUGAACAGAAGUGUAAGCAUAUUACAUUUUCGAUAAGACCAAAGAUGUGCCCGGCAGUAAAAAUAAACUAUAUUUUAGUACCCCAAGCGAAUGAAGUAACAUAUCUUGGUAUUCACCUAGAUAGAGGGCUCACGUGGAGAAAGCACAUUUCUAGUAAAAUAACAUGUAUGAAGAUAAGAGCUUUAACCCUCUGUCGGUUAAGAGCGCCCUCAGGCAUGCAUCACGAAAUUCAAAAUAAAUAAUAAAUAAAUAAAAAAUUGCAUAUAGCUUAAAAACAAGCUUGUUGGAAACACUUCAAUUGUGAGUGUAGUUUAUUUUUGACAGGUUGUCACGCUGCGUUUAAAUUUACCGUUACGUUUCGUAUGAGUUUUACUAGUGUGCAAAGCUAAAAUUAACUUCACAAAAAAAAAUUUCAAAACAAAAAUAUAUAUACAUUCAUAUAUAUUGUUAUCGGAUUCUAUUCAAAAUUUUAUUGUUGCAAAUGUAAGUAGUUCUUUUUACCUUUUACAUACUAGUGAAAGUGAAAAAUGAAAUAAAGUGUCGGGUGAGAAAACAAAAUGGAAGAGUGCCUCAGGGCACUUAUGACAGUUUACAUGAAAAUUUGUGUUUUCUUUUUAUUGUUUUUAUUAUGUUUUUUUUGCGGUGCCUGCCCUUGUUUUAUAGCUGAAAAUGGAUUUUCGAAACCGUAAAAAGGUCAAACUGAGCGAAAUGACCGAUGAGCAAAUUUGUGAAUUUAUGGAAUCGGUUGAAACAGACGAAGAAGCUGAUUUUAAUAGCGAUGACGAUAUGAAUGACCCGGAUUUCGAACCUAAUGAAAUAAGCCCCGAAGAUGAACGGUACAUAUCGGAGGUAGUUCACCAAAUCGAUGAAGACGAAUCUCCUUUUUUGAAUAAAGCGGACAAGUUUUCGUUGAGCUUGAGUGCAAUCAAGGAAGAUCUUCCCUCAACUUCGCCAAAUGAAGAAGUUGAAAAAGCUUCAGGAGAAGAAGGGCCAUCAACUUCAACACCACGUUUGAAGCCACCAAAACGUGCCCGUUCCCUUUUGCCUGAAUUUGAUUGUAGUGGUCCGUCCAUUGUGCCUUCCUCUGGAGGUUUCAGCGGAACAGGUAAUAUGUCUAGAUGCUGUGUUCAUUUUAUUUGUGAAUCUAAAAUUCCAUUUACUAUACGUAUUGAAGCAAUAACCAAAGAUUCGGCUGAGUUUUCCAAAGUUAUAUGGCGAAAAAGAUCGAUGUGUUUGCAUGUAAAUGAGGUGGCCUUCCGUGGUGACUCAAGCCUACCAUCUUCAAUCAAAGAGCUUGGAACUCCGAUGGAGAUAUUUCGCUAUUUCUUCACUAAGAAAAUGGUUGACAAGAUUGCUUUAGAAUCGAGCUGGACAGCUCGCAAUGUCGAUAUCAACUCCAAGUUCAUAACAUCCGGCGAAGAAAUUUACAAAUACAUUGGCAUUCAUGUUUACAUGAGCAUUUACCGAUAUCCCAAUUUGGAAAGCUAUUGGGACCCAAAUGCGUUUCAACCAAUAGCAAAAACGAUGCCUAAAGCAAGGUUUAUGGCGAUAAAACAAUAUUUGUCUUUUCGUGAUGAAAACACUAGGGCCAAAAAAGGAGAGCCUGGUUAUGAUGCGUUGUUCCGUAUUAGAACGUUGUCUGAUUUUUUAAAUACACGGUUCGAUUCCGUACCCAAAACAGCCCGAUUGUGCGUCGAUGAACAAAUGUGUGGCACCAAAAAUAUAUGCCAAACAAACCACACAAGUGGGGCAUCAAAUUUUUCGUGUUAUGCGAUACAAGCGGAUUCGCUUAUCGCUUCGAGGUUUAUAAUGGUGCUGGCGACAAUGUGAUCUUACCAGGACAACCAGAUCUUGGAGCCACGUCGAACGUUGUUGUUCGUUUAUCGCAAACUAUACCAAACUUCAGGAAUCACAUUCUGUAUUUUGAUAAUUUUUAUACAUCGUUGCCGUUGUUGGUAUUAUUGCGAGCUCGAGGCAUAUUUAGUUUAGGCACCUUACGGAUUCCUCUAAUUCCCAACUGUAAGCUUCCAAAUGAAAAAGACAUAAGAGACGAACUACGAGACUAUUCAUGUGAGUAUAUGAAGAGAGCAUAUGGUGUUGACAUAACCACAGUCUUAUGGAAAGACAAUAAAUUAGUACGAUUGGCAUCAACAUACUACGUCGGCGUUCAACCAUUUCAAAGAUCCAAUACAGAUGCAAACAAACAGCCAUCGAAAGCAGCUCGCUACGACAGAAAGGCGAAGAAAUAUUUGGAAAUUGAUUGUCCUCAAAUAAUCAAAGCGUACAAUAAUCACAUGGGCGGUGUUGACUUGAUGGACGCUCUGAUGGGCCGGUACCACAUACGAGCGAAGUCAAACGAUGCAAUAACUCGAUUGUUUUACCAUUUCAUUGACAUGGCGAUCACGAAUGCGUAUUUACCACAUAAACGGAUUUAUGCAAAAAAGGUAACUGACUCAAGUCAUGAAUCAGCCAAACAUGAACGGUUUUUUCAGUUACCGCGAUUUCGUGAAGCUGUAGCUGCUUCACUGAUAACAUAUCAAAAAAGACGACCCCUUGGUUGUCAAAAAACAGUAACGUCAAAGGUAGGAAAUAUAGAGCCAAGCAAUUCGGGAGUUGGCCAAAAGUCAAAACAUCCCGUACAUGAAGUGCGCUACGAUGGUCAAGACCAUUUUCCAAUUUGGCUUGGCAAAGAAGGCGGAAAAAAAUGGUGUAAACUCUGUAAGAAGUCGCAAACACAGUGUGCAAUCUUCAUUUGUGCUGCACCAACGCAAAAAACCGUUUUUUGGAUUAUCACAAUAAAAAUUAGUUCUUUUGAUUAUAUUUCGUGUUUGCUUAUCUUUCAUCUUUGCUUUAUCUUUCUUUUCCAAUCUACUACUCUGUCGUGUAUACCACAUCAUAUAUUUGGCAUAAACUGUCAUGAGUGCCCUGAGGCACUCUUUACCUUUUGCCUACCUGUCAUUCGAAAAAACACGCAAAUCACUUGGGUUUUCUUGAAUUACUUUACACCCUAAUUAUUCUAUAACAAAAUUCCCACUCGCCUUCUUCCACGCUGAGAGUUUUGAGUGAUAGAGGGUUAAGGCAUUUCAAAUUCCUUACGUACAGCUGCAACCGAAACCAUUGGUUUACGGAAAGUGCAAAAGAACAGCUGGUACGACGAGGAGCGCCGUGUCGCAGCGGAGAGAAAACAGGCUGCCUACCUCGCAACGUUACGAUCGACCACAACACGUGCGGGAUGGGAUAGAUACCGAGAGUUGAAAAGGGAAGCGAGACGCAUUUGUAGACAGAAAAAGAAAGAGGCUGAAAUGCGUGAGUACGAAGAGCUUGAUAAGCUGGCCGACAGGGGUAAGGCUCGAAAAUUCUACAAAAAAAUGCGGCGGCUUACAGAAGGUUUCAAGACCGAAGCAUACUCUUGCAGAACCCCCAAAGGUGAUCUAAUGACCGAUGCCCAGAGCAUACUUAAAUUAUGGAGGGAAUAUUUCUCCAGACUGCUGAAUGGUAGUGAACGCACAACGAUGACGAUGGAGCAGACGCUCCAUUGCCCGACCAUGAAGAAGUUCGAAUAGCAAUUGCCCGCCUGAAGAACAACAAAGCGGCAGGGGCCGACGGAUUGCCGGCCGAGCUAUUCAAACACGGCGGCGAAGAACUGAUAAGGAGCAUACAUCAGCUUCUUUGUAAAAUAUGGUCGGACGAAAGCAUGCCCAACGAUUGGAAUUUAAGUGUGCUAUGCCCAAUCCAUAAAAAAGGAGACCCCACAAUCUGCGCCAACUACCGUGGGAUUAGCCUCCUCAACAUCGCAUAUAAGGUUCUAUCGAGCGUAUUGUGUGAAAUAUUAAAGCCCACCGUCAACAAACUGAUUGGACCGUAUCAGUGUGGCUUUAGACCUGGCAAAACAACAACCGACCAGAUAUUCACCAUGUGCCAAAUCUUGAAAAAGACCCGUGAAAGAAGAAUCGACACACCCCACCUCUUCGUCGAUUUCAAAUCUGCUUUCGACAGCACGAAAAGGAGCUGCCUUUAUGCCGCGAUGUCUGAAUUUGGUAUCCCCGCAAAACUAAUACGGCUGUGUAAACUGACGUUGAGUAACACCAAAAGCUCCGUCAGGAUCGGGAAGGACCUCUCCGAGCCGUUCGAUACCAAACGAGGUUUCAGACAAGGCGAAUCCCUAUCGUGCGACUUCUUCAGCCUGCUUCUGGAGAAAAUAGUUCGAGCUGCAGAACUAAAUAGAGAAGGUACCAUCUUCUAUAAGAGUGUACAGCUGCUGGCGUAUGCUGAUGAUAUUGAUAUCAUCGGCCUCAACACCCGCGCCGUUAGUUCUGCUUCUCCAGGCUGGACAAGGAAGCACAGAAAAUGGGUCUGGCAGUGAACGAGGGCAAAACGAAAUAUCUCCUGUCAUCAAACAAACAGUCGUCGCACUCGCGACUUGGCUCUCACGUCACUCUUGACAGUCAUAACUUUGAAGUUGUAUAUAAUUUCGUCUAUUUAGGAACCAGCAUUAACACCACCAACAAUGUCAGCCCGGAAAUCCAACGCAGGAUUGCUCUUGCCAACAGGUGCUACUUCGGACUGAGUAGGCAAUUGAAAAGUAAAGUCCUCUCUCGACGAACAAACGCUAAACUCUAUAAGUCGCUCAUAAUUCCCGUCCUACUGUUUGGUGCAGAGGCUUGGGCAAUGACAACAACCGAUGAGUCGACGUUACGAGUUUUCGAGAGAAAAAUUCUGCGGUCGGACCUUUGCGCAUUGGCCACGGCGAAUAUCGCAUUCGAUGGAACGAUGAGCUGUACGAGAUAUACGACGACAUUGACAUAGUUCAGCGAAUUAAAAGACAGCGGCUACGCUGGCUAGGUCAUGUUGUCCGGAUGGAUGAAAACACUCCAGCUCUGAAAGUAUUCGACGCAGUACCCGCCGGGGGAAGCAGAGGAAGAGGAAGACCUCCACUCCGUUGGAAGGACCAAGUGGAGAAGGACCUGACUUCGCUUGGAAUAUCCAAUUGGCGCCACGUAGCGAAAAGAAGAAACGACUGGCGCGCUGUUGUUAACUCGCCUAUAAUCGCGUAAGCGGUGUCUACGCCAAUUAAGAAGAAAAAGAAGAUAAGAGCUGCAAAUUUAAAUUGGCUUUUAAAUAAAAACUCCAAACUUAGCCUAGACAACAAAGUGCUUUUAUAUAAUGCGGUCAUAAAGCCGAUUUGGAUGUAUGGCAUUCAACUGUGGGGUACGACCUGCGCAACUAAUAUUGAUCUAACACAAAGGUUCCAAUCAAAAAUGCUUAGAACAAUCACGUGUUCACCAUGGUACAUGCGUAACGAAGAUAUCCAUAAAGACCUUAGUAUUCCUAUGGUAAAAAAAGAAGUAGAAGACAGCAUAAUUAAAUAUAUAUCUAAACGCCGAGAUCACCCAAACCCUUUGGCUAAUGCUUUGGUACAUUCCUGCGAUCAAACAAUCAAACACGACUUAAAAGAAGAGAUAUGCCUGCGUAUUAAAGAGCGACGUAUCACCAAAACAGCUCAAUCACUUGCUUGAGUCUGUCUAGUUUUUAAAUAGAUUUAAACUUUUAUUACUAGGCUUUAAGAAAAAGCAGACACAAUAAAUAAAAUAAUUUUGAAAAAAAAGGAAAGGUCCUUCUCCACCUGGACCUUCCAAAGGAGUGGAGGUCUUCCUCAGGAGGAUGGGGUCAUGUGUGGAAGUUCGCGCAAGUGAGGAAAGUUCUCUGAUCGCCAUUCACUUGGGAGUGGCCAUAAACGAUUCUUUUACAUAUGGCCAAAGCAGCUCACGACUUCCGGUCUUUGACCAAGUAUCCUCUGGGUAGCCUAAGGACAUCCGUUUGAAGGUGAGCUAAAGUAAGAAGGCGAAACAUCACCUACAUAGGGUUGUGCGCUGGGUUUGGGACCCGACACGUAAAAAACACCCCCAAUGAAGGGAAACAUCACGCUGUUUUUCACAGUAGUAAAAUAUAUGCCGAUUUUCAAACAAAUUUUGUGCAGAAAAGUUUAGGCUAAAACCUUUUUGGAUUCGCUUUAAAGUUUCUCUUACUUGUUUCACAAUAGUAGCUAGGCUUUUCUUGUGCCAGCUAAAACUCUGAAUAUUACAUUUUAGCCUAUUUCAUUUUGCAGUAUGCUCAUAUUACAUUUAUAUAUAUACAUACAUAUAUACUUUCAUUUAAUAAUACGCACAUAUUCGAAUAUAGAAAUAUCUAACUACCUACUGCGUGGAAAGGUGUUAAGUGAUUGUUGCCAGGAUACAAGCGUCAAUCGGAUUAUUUUGUUAUUUUGUUCCCAACAAAAUGCGACAGCUAUUUAGGCUUUUUGUAUUAGCAGCUCGCUGUAAACAUUUUCAAAUACUUGUAGUGUCAAAAGUUAUGCGGACAUGUCAGGCAGACGAUACAUCAUCGUUCACAAAAAACUGUUUACAUUUCGAAAACGAAAUUCUCAGCGACGAGACACAAUGAGGAAGUUCAUUAGUUUUAAAAAUAAUUUUUCACCCGGUCUAGAUUAAUUACUUUUCGAUCGUGUCAAAAGUUACAUACGCAUAUAGUGUUCCCAUUUAUUAACUCAUGACAGAUCUAAAGUCGAAUAAGAGUUGAUAAAUUAUAAUUAUAUAGGUAUGUAUACACUGCUGCUACUUAGAUGCCAAAUAAUGCCGAGGAAUGGAAAAUAAUUGCAGCCGAAUUUGAAAGUAAGUGGAAUUACAACCACUGCAUAGGUGCUAUUGAUGGAAAGCACGUCAAAAUAAUAAAACCAGCUAAAUCCGGAUCUUAUUACUUUACAAAAAACAAUUUAGCAUAGUACUGAUGGUGAUAGUCAGCGCAAAUUAUGAGUUUUUAGCAGUAGAGGUCGGCAUGAAUAGAAGAGCUUCUGAUAAUGGUAUAUUUGGGCAAUCAAAAUUUAAAUACAAAUAUGAUGAAGGCCUCCUGAACCUUCCACAACCAGAAAAAUUGCCACUUUCUGAGGAUAUUCUAACUUAUGUGCUUGUUGGAUAUGACGCAUUUCCUCUUUUAGAAAAUUUAAUGAAACCUUAUAGUCGUCGCAAUUUAAAUGUAGAAGAGCAAAUAUUUCAUUACCGAUUAUCUAGAGCACGCCGUGUUGUUGAAAACUCAUUUGGAAUUUUAGCAAAUCGUUUCAGAAUUUUACACACAACUAUGAAUUUGGACCCCGAAAAAAGUGCUAAAAUAACACUUGCAUGUUGCUAUUUGCAUAAUUUCUUAAUAAAAACAAACUCAUCUAUUUACUUAAGAAAUGAUGUAAACAAUGAUUGUGUCCACUUGGAAGACAUGCAGCCGACGAACUAUGGAAAUAUAACACAAAAUUCUGCAAACAUUCGUUUGGAACUAUUUUAAUACAGUUGGAGCCGUUGAGUGGCAAAAUAAAUUUCUAUAAAAUGUCAAAAUAAAACUUUAUAAUGUACAA